AUGGCGAAGUUGCAGCGAGUGAACAUUGAUCCGCCAAAGCCAAAGCCAAUAUUUGAAGUUAAUAUGACCACUCUCAUUAACAUGACUGAUGAUGAUCUUAAGGCUAGGGAAGGACAUAAAUUGUGGGAACUUGCACUGCAAAACAUGGCUUCGGCAAUUUUCUGCAUUGGACUCAUACUUUUCUCUCUCCUCCUCCUUCCAUGUGAAGCCCAUGAAACCAUACAACCCUUUGAAUAUAUAUACCAGUUUGGAGAUUCAUUGGCGGAUACAGGGAACCUUAUUCGCCAAAGCGCCACCACCGGCAAAACAGUAGCUGCCGCCCAUCUGCCCUACGGCGAAAGCUUUCCUGGCUGGCCCACCGGUCGCUGGUCUGAUGGCCUUCUCAUCAUAGACUUCGUUGCCAUAGCUCUUUCUCUCCCACUGCUUAAUCCUUAUCUAGAAAGCAAUGCAACAUUCGAUCAUGGCGCCAACUUUGCAGUAGCCGGAAGUACAGCAUUGGACUAUACUUUCUUCACCACAAAUGGCGUUUAUAAUCCAACCACUAAUAUUUCCUUGGGUGAUCAGCUUAAUUGGUUUAAAUCCCACCUCAACACCAUCUGCCAAGCACCAACAGAAUGUGAGAAGCUCCUUAGCAAGGCUCUCGUCUUCGUGGGCGAGAUCGGAGGCAAUGAUGUUUACUAUCCUCUCAUACAAGGCAAAUCCAUUCAAGAGAUUUACACUUAUCUGCCAUUUAUCAUAGAGGCCAUUACUAAUGCUGUUAAAGAAGUGACACACCUUGGUGCUGUGAAUAUCGUAGUUCCCGGAAAUCUUCCAAUGGGAUGCUUACCAGCCGGCCUGACAUUAGUCUUUACUGGUGAUGCAACAACUUAUGACGAUAUGGGAUGCUUAAAGGAAUUAAAUGAGCUAGCAUUGGUUCAUAACAAUUAUCUUCAGGAGUCUUUGGCCUUGCUCAGGCUUGAAUUUCCUCAUGUUGAUAUAAUUUACGCUGACUACUAUACAGCGUACCAAACAAUUCUACGUUAUGCAGCUAAUUUCGGGUUCGAAGAAAAAUCGUUGUUAAGAUCAUGUUGUGGAAUUGGAGGGCUAUAUAACUACGAUGAGAACAGAAAAUGUGGGUCUCGUGGUGUGCCUGUUUGCAGUAACCCGGUUCAAUAUAUAAGUUGGGAUGGAGUCCAUUUGACACAGGAGGCCUACCGCCAUAUUGCAAAAAUUCUCUUUCAGGAUAUCCUAGGCCUCCCUGGAAUACGAUACAUGUAG